AUGGCGACCACCUCGUCCAUGUUCAUGUACUCUCUCACCAUCCAGCCUCCCACAGCUAUCACACAGGCUAUCCUGGGCCAGUUCUCAGGCACAAAGGAGCAGCAGAUCGUCUCUGCCUCGGGAUCGAAGCUCACAAUCCACCGCACCGAGCCGUCGCAGGGCAAGGUCCAGACGCUCUUCUCCCAGGAUGUGUUUGGCAUCAUCAGGUCGCUGGCCGCGUUCAGGCUCGCCGGAAGCAACAAAGACUACAUUAUUAUCGGCUCUGAUUCCGGAAGAAUCACCAUCGUCGAGUAUGUGCCUGCGCAAAACCGGUUCGACAGGAUUCACCUCGAGACCUUUGGGAAAUCAGGCAUUCGACGCGUCGUUCCGGGCCAGUAUCUUGCAGUCGACCCCAAGGGCAGAGCUUGCUUGAUCGCGUCCGUGGAGAAGAACAAGCUAGUCUACGUUCUCAAUCGAAAUGCACAGGCUGAGCUCACCAUAUCGUCGCCGCUAGAGGCACACAGGCCGCAGACGCUGGUGUUCGCCCUCACCGCGCUCGAUGUAGGCUACGAAAACCCUAUUUUUGCGGCGCUGGAGGUCGAGUACACCGAGGUCGACCAGGACCCCACGGGACAGGCGUAUGAAGACACGGAGAAGAUGCUCGUGUAUUACGAACUCGACCUUGGGUUGAAUCACGUCGUCAGGAAAUGGGCCGAUCCGGUCGAUCGUACGGCGUCCAUGCUCUUCCAGGUGCCCGGAGGGGCUGAUGGCCCGAGUGGUGUCCUCGUUUGUGCGGAGGAUAACGUUGUUUACCGACAUUCAAACCAGGAUGCGUUCCGGGUUCCUAUCCCCCGUAGGCGUGGCCCUACCGAAGACCCGGAGAGGAAGCGUUGCAUUACCGCUGGAGUGAUGCAUAAAAUGCGUGGAGCAUUCUUCUUCCUGCUGCAGUCUGAGGACGGUGACCUGUUCAAGCUGACGAUGGAAAUGGUGGAGGACGAGAAUGAACAGCCCACCGGCGAAGUAAAGAGGCUCAAGCUCAAGUACUUUGACACCGUUCCACUGGCGUCAAGCUUGUGUAUUCUCAAAAGCGGUUUCUUGUUUGUCGCCAGCGAAACCGGCAACCAGCACUUCUACCAGUUCGAGAAGCUCGGAGACGAUGACGACGAGAUCGAAUUUGCUAGCGACGACUGCUCCGCCGACCCUUCUGAACCCUUACCUCCUGCCUACUUCCGACCACGACCCGCAGAAAACUUGAACCUGGUAGAAAGCAUCGGUUCUCUGAACCCGUUGAUGUCUUGCUCCAUCGCCAACCUAACAGAGGAGGAUGCGCCUCAGCUAUACACGCUGUGCGGCACUGGUGCUAGAAGUAGCUUCAGGACACUAAAGCACGGCCUUGAGGUUUCCGAGAUUGUCGAGUCAGAGUUACCUAGUGUCCCGUCGGCGGUUUGGACUACAAAGCUGACCCGCAACGACCGUUACGAUGCAUACAUUGUUCUCUCCUUCUCAAACGGCACUCUCGUUUUGAGCAUUGGUGAGACCGUGGAGGAGGUCACUGAUACUGGCUUCCUCUCAUCUGCCCCGACGCUAGCGGUGCAGCAACUUGGAGAGGAGUCUCUCAUCCAAGUUCAUCCAAAGGGCAUCCGACAUAUUCAUGCAGACCAAAGAGUUAAUGAGUGGCCGGCUCCACAACAUCGAUCUAUCGUCGCUGCUACUACAAACGAGAGGCAGGUGGCGAUCGCUCUGAGUUCAGGAGAGAUUGUCUAUUUCGAAAUGGAUACCGAUGGCUCCCUUGCAGAAUAUGACGAGAAAAGACAAAUGUCCGGCACUGUCACUUGUCUGAGCUUAGGAGAAGUUCCUGAGGGACGAGUGAGAAGCUCGUUCCUGGCUGUUGGAUGCGACGAUUCAACUGUCCGAAUCCUCAGUCUUGAUCCCGAGUCAACCCUCGAAAACAAAUCAGUUCAAGCAUUGACUUCUGCGCCAUCUGCCCUUUCCAUCAUGUCAAUGAUCGAUUCUACUUCGGGUGGCUCGACAUUAUAUCUGCAUAUCGGACUGUACUCCGGAAUCUACUUGCGUACCGUGCUCGAUGAAGUUACCGGAGAACUGUCAGAUACACGAACGCGAUUCCUCGGCAUCAAACCAGUCAAGCUGUUCAGCGUCUCUGUCAAAGAACAGAGAGCUGUCUUGGCCCUUAGCUCCCGGUCUUGGCUUGGAUACUCCGACGUCCAGACGAAGAGUUUUACACUGACGCCCUUGAACUAUGUCGGUCUCGAGUGGAGUUGGAACUUCUCCUCUGAACAGUGCGUUGAAGGCAUGGUCGGAAUCCAGGGCCAAAACCUACGCAUCUUCUCCAUCGAGAAACUAGAUAAUAACCUCCUUCAAGAGUCAAUACCUCUUUCUUACACCUCACGAAGCCUCGUUCGACACCCCGAAUAUCCGCUAUUUUAUGUUAUCGGAUCUGAUAACAAUGUCCUCUCACCCUCUACCAAAGCUAAACUCCUCAGUGAUUCAACCGCAGUAAAUGGCGAUAAUGCCGAACUGCCUCCAGAAGACUUUGGCUACCCCCGAGGCACCAACCACUGGGCUUCAUGUAUCCAAGUCGUCGACCCAAUCGAUGCCAAGGCAGUCAUGUCCAAGGUUGAACUUGAAGAUAAUGAGGCUGCAGUGAGCAUUGCGGCAGUGUCAUUUGCAAGUCAAGAGGACGAAACUUUCUUGGUUGUAGGAACGGGUAAAGAUAUGGUUGUCAGUCCUCGUACCUUCACUUGUGGCUUCAUUCACAUCUACCGAUUCCAAGAAGAAGGGACAGAGUUGGAGUUCAUACACAAGACCAAGGUGGAAGAGCCGCCACUUGCACUCCUCGGCUUCCAAGGUCGUCUUCUCGCUGGAGUCGGUCCUGAUUUGAGGAUAUACGAUCUUGGAAUGAAGCAGUUACUGCGAAAAUGUCAAGCUCAAAUAACACCGCGUGUGAUUGUCGGGCUCCAGACUCAAGGAAGCCGAAUUAUUGUCAGUGAUGUCCAGGAGAGUGUUACCUACGUGGUUUAUAAAUACCAGGAGAACAAACUCAUCCCCUUUGCUGAUGAUAUCAUAUCCCGCUGGACCACGUGCACAACGAUGGUGGACUAUGAGACCGUCGCUGGAGGUGAUAAAUUCGGUAACCUGUGGCUUCUCCGAUGUCCCACGAAGGCAUCUGAAGAGGCCGACGAAGACGGCUCUGGUGCUCAUUUAAUACACGAACGACAAUAUCUCCAGGGGGCACCUAACAGACUGAGCCUGGUUGCGCACUUCUAUUCCCAAGACAUACCCACAAGCAUCCAGAAGACCCAGCUAGUUGCUGGUGGCCGUGAUAUCCUUGUUUGGACUGGUCUCCAAGGGACAGUUGGAAUGUUCAUUCCAUUCGUCACCCGUGAUGACGUUGAUUUCUUCCAAAGCCUCGAGAUGCAGCUUACAUCGCAGAACCCUCCAUUAGCCGGACGCGAUCAUCUCAUAUACAGAGGCUACUAUGCUCCGUGCAAGGGCAUCAUCGACGGAGACCUGUGUGAGACUUACUUCCUUCUACCAAAUGAUAAAAAGCAAGCGAUUGCAGGAGAGCUCGAUCGGUCGGUGCGGGAGAUCGAGCGCAAGAUAUCGGACAUGAGGACCAAGGUGGCUUACUAA